CCCAGAGAUAGUGCCCACUAGUAUCAGAAUUGAAUUUGUUUGAUUUGAUAUUUCAACAAUGUUCUCGAGCGGUUGAUGUGCGACAACUGAAACGCUUUGCAACUUGAGCGUGCGUUUGUUCGUCCUGACAAUCCAAAAUAAUGCAUAAAGUGUGCUUGAUCCUGAUCAGUCCAUACCAACAAGCCUUCUUAUCAGCUGCUCACAUCCACACGAGCCAGAGGGAUACCUGUUGUUCUUCAAUUCACUCCUGACUCCUUAACGACAGCGUAGACAUCAACCAGUAUGGCGGCCCUCCUGGAGCACAUUAUCAUCAAUUACCGAUGGGUUUUUGUGCUGUUUCUCCUGCCCAUCUCGUGCGCUUAUGACAUCUACCACGUGGUCAGAAAUGCUCUCGUGUUUGCGUUCCAUUCCGCACCCACCAAGCAUAAGCAGAAAGUGGAAUUCGUCCAAAAACAAGUGAGGGAUUGGAAAUCUCAGGGCAAAGCCAAGCCCAUGUGUACUGCACGCCCAGGAUGGCAAACCAUUUCACCUCAAUUUAUGACAUACAAGAAGAGGAUGCAUCAGAUCAAAAUCAACUUGGUGGACAUUUUAGAGAUUGACACGCAAAAUAGAACGGUCACUUGCGAACCUCAAGUCACGAUGGGACAAUUGUCACGGACAUUGGAACCUCUGGGUUGGACUAUUCCCAUUCUCCCCGAAUUAGACGAUCUGACCGUGGGUGGGAUGGUUAUGGGGACAGGAAUAGAAACGUCUUCGCACAAGUACGGCCUAUUUCAGCACGUUUGCGAGUCGUAUGAGUUGGUGACCUCGGAUGGAAAUGUGGUAAAUUGUUCAGAGGCCGAAAACUCAGACUUGUUCCAUGCUGUUCCUUGGUCUUAUGGAACUUUGGGAUUUUUGACAGCCACAAAAAUUAAGAUCAUUCCCGCGAAGCGUUUCAUCAAAAUAGAAUACACUCCUGUAAACUCAUUUCAGGAAGCUGUCAAGAUAAUGAAAGAAGAAAUCGGUAAAGAUGCCAAGAAAGGUUCGCCAGCAGAAUUUAUUGAAUGCCUGGCUUUUUCUCCAAGUGCUUGUGUGGUCAUGAAAGGCGACAUGGUGGACAGUUGUGAGCCCAAGAGACUCAAUUCAAUUGGCACAUGGCACAAGCCUUGGUUCUUCAAGCACGUCGAGUCGUUUUUGGACCAAGGGAAAACUGUUGAGUACAUUCCUUUGCGAGAAUACUACCACCGUCAUUCACGAUCCAUUUUCUGGGAGAUUCAAGAUAUUAUUCCUUUUGGAAAUAACGUGGCCUUCCGAUAUCUGUUGGGAUGGUUGAUCCCGCCCAAAGUUUCAUUGCUGAAACUGACUCAGGGAGAAACCCUCAAAAAGUUGUACGAAGAAAACCACAUGAUUCAAGAUAUGCUAGUGCCCAUCGAUGAAACAGCAGGAGCUUUGGAGUUCUUUGACGAGAGUGUGGCCAUUUAUCCGAUUUGGCUCUGUCCCUUCAGGUUGCCGAAUAAACCUGGACUCCUGAGGAGCCCGACCAAGGGGGACCAAAUUUUUAUGGACAUUGGUGUCUACGGAGUUCCAAAGCGCCCCGGAUUCAAUUGCGUGAAGACGACACAAAAAUUGGAAUCUUAUGUCUUGAAGAGAAAAGGGUUUCAAAUGCUCUAUGCGGAUUCUUAUCUCAAUGAAUCGGACUUUGAAGCCAUGUUUGAUCAUACGCUUUACAACGAGAUGAGAACCAAAUACAAAUGUGAUGGCGCCUUCCCCAGGAUUUAUCAGAAAGUCAACAAACACGCCCGGGCCUAAUCAUAGGAUUGAACUCAUAAUCAACACAAGACAAGGCAAACUCGAAAUGAGAAGCCUCGCUUUUUCGGAGUUCCCAACUUGUUGUUCCACAUGUACAGAAAGAAAUCAAGCGCUCAUAGAAUAUAUAUAGUUUGCUUCCCAUGGUUAAUAAUCUUCCA